AAAAAAAAGAAAGAAAGGAAAACAUGUGCGAGAGAGACAUUGGAUUAUCAGCUUUUUUGUGGCGUUUACGUUAAGCUGUGAAAAUCGAAAAUCUUAGACACUACAAAAGUACAGGCUUUGGUCGGUUUUAUUUCGUUUCCCUUUUUUUUUUUUCCAAGCGUUCUUGCUGCAAAAAUUUUUCCUGCAAAAUCUCUUCAUAAGCUCGAGAAUUCAUUUCCCAGAUAAGUUUUCCGUGCCGGAGAGAAAUCUUGCUCGUUUUCCUUUUGUUCAAGCAAUAUUUCUAAGCUGAACUAGGCGGCGUUUGUUGUUUUCUGAAUUGGGAUUUGUUAUUUCUUUGGAUGAGCAAUAACAAAUCCUGAUUUAGAGAGGUUGAAACAAGUUAAUUGUUUUUCGCUUCUGUUAUUUGAUUCUGUGGUUUUCUUCUUCGUUUAUAUAUAUAUAUAUAUAUAUAUAUAUAUAUAUAUAUAUAUAUAUUUUCUUGGGGUGCUUAAGAGAGAAGCCAAUUAAGAUUCGACGGAGAAACAUUGGUUUUUUGAACUUAUUUUGUAGAAAUUGGUACUCGAUUGGAAGUUAUAUGUGAAUCUGGUUAUGGGUUCUGCUCCAUAAGAACUACUGGCUCGUAAGUAUGUGCUCUGGAGAAUACUAAGAAACAAAUGCUUUGAAGUUAUUUUCUAUUAAUUCUCACCCUGUUUAAGUGUUUAUGCAAAAGUGGUUGUUGGGUUACAGUUGUUCAAUUUGGUCACCAAUUUCUGAACUUUGUAAGUUAGUUAAAUAUUUGAUUGUAACUAUUGUGCUUAGGAUUGUUGUGUUCACGAUGGGGAAGCAAAAUGGGAAGAAUAAGAAACGGGCAACAGGGCAGGCAGUUGACAGUAAUGUGAAGCAAAAUAGCCCUAAAGCUAAAGACAUGGACACUGCAGUUUUCAUUUCCAUGUCUCAAGAAUUGAAGGAGGAAGGGAACAGGCUGUUUCAAAAGAGGGACCAUGAAGGAGCUAUGAUGAAAUACGAGAAAGCCAUCAAAUUGCUUCCCACGAAUCAUAUAGAUGUAUCUUGUCUUAGGAGUAACAUGGCUGCAUGUUAUAUGCAGAUGGGCGUGGAUGAAUACCCUAGGGCCAUACAUGAGUGUAAUUUGGCACUGCAAGUCACACCAAAGUAUAGUAAAGCACUGUUAAAGAGGGCCAGGUGUUAUGAGGCUUUGAAUAAGUUGGAUUUGGCUUUGAAAGAUGUUACUACAGUUUUGAAAAUGGAACCAAAUAAUGUUAUGGCAAUAGAGAUUGCAGAAAGGGUGAAAAAAGCACUUGAGCAUAAAGGACUAAGGGUGAAUGAUACAGUCAUUGAACUGCCUCCAGAAUAUGUUGAACCUCCUAGCACUUCAACUGUGCCAAAAGCAAUGAAACAGAAGAUGCGGAAGAAGAAAAAUAAAAAGGUUGAGGAGAAGAAGGCUAAGGACGAAAUUGAGGAUAAGAAGAUUAUUAGGGAAAUUGAGGAGAAACAGACUGAGGAUAAGGUGGUAGUAGAGGAGCAAAUUAGCGGAGCAAAGGAAGAACCUAAGAAGACUGUGAAACUGGUAUUUGGGGAGGACAUAAGAUGGGCUCAGAUUCCUCUUAAUUGCAGCCUCCUGCAACUCAGAGAAGCCAUAUCUGAUCGAUUUGCAGGCACAGGAGCAGUUCUUAUCAAAUACAGGGAUCAAGAAGGGGAUUUGGUAACAAUAACCACUGAUGAAGAACUGAGAUGGGCUGAAGCAUCAGCUGAAUCCCAGACCUCUAUCAGGCUGUAUUUAGUGAAAGUCAAUCCUCAGCAGGAUCCAUUCUUUUGGAAACUUAACAAUAAGGAGGUGCACAAACUGGAUUUGGAACAAAAUUUAUCCACAGCGAAUGGGAAGAUGGACAAAGGCAACGAAGCAGAAAAUGGAUCUUGUUAUAUUGAUGAAUGGAUAGUAGAGUUUGCUAAGCUGUUUAAAGACCAUGUGGGGUUUGGUUCUGAUGCAUAUCUCAGUCUUCAUGAACUUGGUGUCAAGGUAUAUUCUGAGGCUAUGGAGGAGGCAGUUACAAAUGAAGAAGCACAAGACCUUUUUAACACAGCAGCAGGGACGUUCCAAGAGAUGGCAGCUUUGGCAUUGUUCAACUGGGGUAAUGUUCAUAUGUCUAGAGCAAGGAAGAAGGUUUACUUCACAGAAGAUGCUUCAAAAGAAUCAGUGCUUGAACAGAUAAAAACUGCUUAUGAUUGGGCACAGAAGGAAUAUGUUGAAGCAGGACAGAAGUAUGAAGCAGCAUUGAAAAUCAAACCAGAUUUCUAUGAAGCUCUUCCAGCUCUAGGGCAGCAGCAGUUUGAGCAGGCUAAACUUUCUUGGUAUUACACAGUUGGCAACAAUGUUGACUUAGAAUCAUGGCCUCCAGAAGAGAUUGUACGACUUUAUAAUAGUGCUGAGAACUACAUGGAAAAAGGCAUGCAGAUGUGGGAAGAAUUGGAAGCACAACGCCAAUGUCAACUGUCUACUUCACUUGAGGUUAAAUCUCAAUCUGAGAAAACAGGUUUCGAUGGGCUAUUUAAAGAUGUAUCAGCAGAAGAAGCCAAUGAGCAGGCGAAGAACAUGAGGUCUCAGAUUAAUCUCCUAUGGGGAACCAUACUCUAUGAGCGAUCAAUCAUGGAAUUCAAAUUAGGGCUACCAGUCUGGCAAGAUUGUUUGGAAAUUGCAGUUGAGAAGUUUGAGCUUGCUGGAGCUUCGCCAACAGAUAUAGCUGUUAUGAUAAAGAACCAUAUUUCAAAUGAUAAUGCAUUAGAAGGUCUAGGAUUUAGAAUUGAUGAAAUAGUACAGGCAUGGAAUGAGAUGUAUGAAGCCAAAAAGUUGCAUAGUGGAAUUCCUUCCUUCCGGUUAGAACCAUUACUUCGUAGACGAGUUUCAAAACUUUACCAUGCUCUAGAGUUCGCAUGAGGUGCAUCCUUUGAAAAUCUUGUAUAACGCUUUCAAACUUCAUCUAGGAUAGAUGAAGUCUUGCUUGCUAAGGUUUCUUGCAAUGUACCUUUGGGAUUCAGUUUCAGCCAUGUUCUCCUUAUACGUGAUGAUGGGGACAAGAUGAAGUAGCAGGGAUUCCUUUUUUAUUUUGGGUUAAGUUUCUGCCUUCACACGAUCGUCUCCCCGUUGUUUAGUCUAGUCAACAGGUCACAGGAUGUUUGCAUUUCUCAUUCAUUUUGUCUAGUUACAAUAAUACGUAGUUUGUUUAGCAUCUAAGCCUGUAGUUUUCAGUUUAACCGCAAUCUUUGUAGCGCUUCGAGUUGUGGUUUCAGUCUGCUUUGGGAAAGAACAAUAUUGAUGUAUUUUGCUAGAUUAAAUGGACCGUCAGUAGCUGCUUCGCAUAAAUUUCAAUCUCUAUGGAGAAGAAAAUCCUAGAUGUGGAUUUUGAAAUGUUUAUA